UAACGGUUUUAGGAGAGUUUGGGAAGAGGGACUACAGAGAUAUUAUGCUGCACCGGGGAGAGGCAGGGCGCUGUUGGCUAUGCCAGGUUUCGGAAGACAAUUAGGAAACAUGUCGCGACUGUAAGCGAUAUUAAAGAUCAACACCGCUAUUUGUUCUGGCGAUAAAGAUUAUUUCCUGUUUGUUUUUUAUUUUUGGGUGGUUUUCUUUUUUUUUUUUUUUUCAUGAAGCCCGUCUAAAUUGGAUAUCGAAGAGGGCGGGAGAGUCUGAGCAACAAGUGGAAUUUGCCGUGGAGAUUUUCUUCCUAUCACCAGCUAUGGAAGAGCACAAGGAGCCCAGCAGCAGCCGGGACUCGACCGAGGACGACAGCAUGUCCCUGUCGCCGAACCUCCCAUCCCCUGCCAUUAUCUUACCCCACCAAGUCGCCCAGCAGGCCCACAGAACCACGAACUUUUUUAUAGACAACAUCCUCCGGCCGGACUUCGGCUGCAGAAAGGAGUCUAGCUGCCGCGACCGGAGCCAGACGCCGGGCAGAGAGAACGUGAACCCGCUGGGAGCGAGGCCGACGCUCACCGGCAGCCUCUGCCUGGACUCCAACUGCAGCAGCGACAGCACCUCGUCGUCGCCUUCCUCGUCGUCUUCCACGUCCUCGUCGCCGUCGUCCAAGCAGAAUUCGUCGAAACAAGGCGAAGCAGCGAGCAACGGGACUGGCAGAUACGCGGACAGCCCCUCGUCGAUUAUGGUUAUUAGCGGCAACAACGGAGCGUCUCCUCCGAUAACGAAGGAGAGCCAGCCGCUCCUGUGGCCCGCUUGGGUUUACUGUACGCGGUACUCGGACCGACCCUCAUCUGUUUCCACGCCAGGCCCAAGGACACGGAAACUGAAAAAGAAGAAGAGCAGCAAGGAGGACAAGCGGCCCAGGACAGCGUUCACGGCCGAGCAGCUGCAGAGACUCAAAACCGAGUUUCAGGCGAACCGGUACAUAACGGAGCAGCGGAGACAGUCUCUGGCCCAGGAACUCAACCUGAACGAGUCCCAGAUUAAAAUCUGGUUCCAGAAUAAGCGGGCUAAAAUUAAGAAAGCCACCGGCUACAAGAACGGCCUGGCCCUGCAGCUCAUGGCUCAAGGACUUUACAACCACUCAACGACCACCGUGCAGGAGGAGAAGGAGGAGAGCGAGUAAAGGAGGCCCGGACACUUUCCCCACGGGGCCGCCGUCUGACUCUUUUGGAAAUAAAAGAAGGGGGAAAAAAAGAACUGGAAGUUGGGAAAGGCUAUUUAAAAACACAGAUUUCUGUUUAUGGUAACAGUAUAUGGACAUAAUUAUAUAAAUGGACGAUCGUUAUUAAAGUUUAUAUAGCCACAGUUAUCAUGUUGUAUACAGUAUAUUUGAUUUCAGGAUCAUCUCUCAUCCGGUUAUUUCCAGUCUGUUUUUAGGAUGUCUGGCUCUAUAGGUUCUCGUGCUCCUCUGUCUCCUCCUCCCUUUAUGUUUGCGCCAUAUUUUCCUUCAACAAAUCAGACUCAAAACAAGCCAAAGAUUUUAAUAUGUUCACAUGUAGUAUGAAAUAAAAAGAAAAAAGGAUAACGGACUAAAUUAUUCUUUCUUUUUCCAUCCGUUCACAAGGAUGAGGGCGGAUUAUAAACAUUUGGAAAUAAAAUAUCACAUUAUUAUUUAUGGUUUUAACAUCCAUGUGAACGUCUAAGAGCACAAUUAAUAGGAGCCUUUACAAUUGUUCAGUUGAUAGUUCAUAUAGGCUAUAGGUUAUAACGUGUUUAUGGUUUUGAUAUUUAAGAGAAGUCUCCCUCAGUUCUUGUUUCACGGACUCUUGUUUCUCCUUUUGAAUAACAUUUCACCUAUUAAACUAUUCUGGUCACCUGUAAGUGUGCCCAUCUCUGCUCUGCUUUACUCAGAUUAGCUUCUUUAACCUUCAGACAAAUCAUAUUUUCAUGAUGUGAGGAAGGGUCUGUGUGCCGCACAGAGGCCCUGCCAUCAAACCCAGAAAGGAGGACUGGUUUGGACCCUGGCCCUGGGUGACC